GUUAAAAGAUUACUAGUCAUAACGGAAUAAGCACGACUUUUCCUUGCCUUGGUAUUGGAAAAUGAAUCCGUUACGAUGUCAAUAUGUGGCAUGACUGCUGGCUAGAAUCAUUUGAAGUGAUGUGGAAGAGUUGGUGGAAUGUGAACGGAUAAUGGCAACGCCUUCGUUUAAUUGCUCCAAAAUUUACAGCAAUACCGGAUAGGGUCGUCAAAUAUCGGAUAAUCCGAACAUGUCGACAAUCAGGAAGGCUUAUAUGGAAAUAUCAAAUGGAAUCAGAGGAUUGAGAUUGCACAGGGAACAAGCUCAACAGACGACACAGGCCGCUACACAGAAGGACGUACAAAAGCAGUCGACAAACGGCUCUGCUGUACAGACGACAACUUCCCAAAGCAAAAUGGUAAGAUCUCCAAAACCACUGAUUGCUCGGAAAAUUCGGAGCCUUUUUGGAAGAUCUCAACCGACCAAUGUACGGGAUCUCUUUCUGGAUGAGCGUUUUCUGUGUAAGUUCUUCAUGUUUUUCUCAGCCGAGGAAAGAGGAAAGCUGGCUCAGGUGUGUAAGACGUGGAAACAAAUUCUAUAUCAACCAAAAUUUUGGAUUAAUGUGAUUCCAAUUAUAGCAUGUAAGGAUCUUAGUAAAAGAGAAGAAACGAGAAGAGGUUUUUACGAUAGUUUGCAACAACGAAGUUUUGAUGCUGUGUGCUUAUUCGGUGCCACGGAUGGGGAUAUAGCAGAUUUUGUGAAUCAUUUUUCAAACUGCAAGAAACAGAUCCGUUCUAUCAGCCUCAGGUGCUCAAAUAUCAGUGAUUCCGGGUUAGAAGUGUUGUUCAAGCGUUUGUCUAGCAUAUACCGUUUAGAAAUAUCCGGAUGCAAUGAAUUAACAGAGACAGGGCUGUGGUCCUGUUUGAAUCCCAAAAUUGUGUCUCUUAGUGUAAGUGAUUGUAUAAAUGUAGCAGAUGACACAGUUGGGGCGGUGUCGCAACUUUUGCCAUCUUUGUACGAAUUUAAUUUGCAAGCGUACCACGUUACUGAUGCAGCGCUAGCCUUUUUCAGUGCCAAGCAAAGCUACACCUUAAGUAUUCUUAGACUUCAAUCAUGCUGGGAAAUCACUAACCAUGGCAUUGUCAACAUUGUACAUUCCUUGCCAAACCUGACAGUGUUAAGCCUGUCGGGAUGCAGUAAGAUCACGGACGACGGUGUGGAGCUGAUCGCAGAGAACCUACGGAAAUUGCGCGUCCUUGACCUAUCCUGGUGCCCGCGGGUCACAGACGCCGCCCUUGAGUACAUCGCAUGUGAUCUAAACCAGCUGGAGGAACUCGUGCUUGACAGGUGCUCUCAUGUGACGGAUAUCGGGGUCGGGUACCUGUCGACGAUGACGUCACUUCUCAAGUUGUUCCUCCGCUGGUGCACACAGAUCCGAGAUUUUGGUCUUCAACACAUGUACUCCAUGAGGAAUCUCCGUGUCCUCUCACUGGCAGGGUGUUCGCUGGUUUCCGGGCAGGGUCUUUGCGGGCUUACUCAGCUACGUCAACUUGAGGAGCUGGAGCUGACCAACUGUCCAAGUGCCACCAAGGAGGUCUGCCUCUACCUGAAAGAGAACAUGACCAGGUGCCUCAUUCUAGACUGAUAAACCAGCUCCACAGACAACCGAAAUCCUCGACUUACCGCUCCAAUGAUGUGAUAUCUGCACUUUCAAAUAUUUGCAGAUUGUGCAUUUUGCAUUACGCACUCGAACGGCGGUUAACCUUUACAAACCAGAUGUAUGGACUGACAACUGGGCCGAUAAGCACAUUUACUGGCCUCGGCUAAAUAGCUUUCAUGAAACUACUUAUAAACAACUUACAUCCAAAGUGUAGACCUGGACAUAUGUUUUAAACAGUCGAACGCGUCGUCCGGCAACCAUAUCUGUAGUUCCCUUCCCUGUCAACCCACUACAGACAAGGACUACCAACAGAUGUUCUCGGCUCUAAAACCAAACUUUUCUAACAAAACCAGACUUGAAUCAGAAAUUCAAUAUUUUUAUGUAAACUUUAAUGUUUACUUGUACAAGUCUUGAAAGUUUGGUUUCAACAUGGUAUACAGGGUGUACAGCUUCGGUUAUGUUGUUGAUUUAUGUUAGCAUUGAAUUACCAGACUGCACUGAAACAUAUCUAAGGUAUUUGGUUGAGCCACUUAUAUAACUGACAGUCCAAAACCGACAGGCUGGGUAUACCAACCCAACCCGAUAUAUAAACCCAUUUGGCUGUUAUAAGAUGACCUCGUCCUCAGUGCAAAAUGCAAUAUUAAUGUGCUUUAUCUAUCUGAUUGACAAGCGGUUUAUUGCAAACAGUAGUAUAUAAUGUACGAGGGGUGUAAGAAAAAAAAUGCGGAAAGUGUUCUCAUUUUCUUAACUAUAAACGAAACAUACUGUAACUUGAACAAUGUGAAAACCAGUGUAAAGCGUAAUUGUGCAACACAACAAAAAGUCAUAUGUCCGUUAAUAAGUUGAAGACUAUGACAACAUAACGUAACACGGUCCAAUUUGCCUUUUGCCUAUGUCUGAUUGCGUCAUACAUGACAAGCAGAUGCCAUUUUUAGUUUAUCAAGGUAAAACGCCACCAAUACUAUAGGAUGUCACAGCUGGAUGUGAUGUAAAUGACGUCUAGUCUAUUUCUGAUGACAUAUAACCGUUUGAAAGCCAUUCGGUUUCGUGCCUCGUAUUAAAUUAGAUUUGGACAGAGGUCAGCCGUAACGUGCAGAAUACUUAAUGAAAAGUCAAGAAAAAACAAUGGACAAGUACGAGCUCUCUUCCGCGUAUUUAACACCCCUUGUAGAUUAUUCUAGGCCAAAACAAAAAAUACCUGUGUUUCCGGUAACAUGGCGAAAAAAAAAAGGUCGGUAGGCAAAUUUCUGUUGCAUCAGAUCAAUUAUGUUAUAUCUACGAGUUUCCUAAUUUACAAAAAGUCUGAUAAAACAGCAUUGUUUAAUGUCUGAAAUCAUUUUCUUACCGUCGACUACCGUAUUUUCCCGCCAAUUUUGUCCAUGAAAUCUGGUGCUUUUGUGUAUACAAUACUCGUUUAUAAGUCGUGGUCGGUUUUUAGUAAAAAUCCAGCACUUCAAUUUCAACAAAUCUUUGAUAAUGUUUGAAUGUUUGAGCCAAACAGUCAAUUAUCAACUAAUUUUUUAAUUUGCUUGAGGAAAAUCGCCGCUUUUCUUGUCAACUGUGAGCUCCUUAAACUAGGCCUUCAAGUGGAGGUAGGUUAAUAAAACAACAAGUAAACGUGGUUAUGGAUUUAUCUUAUUUUCGUACAUUACUACAAUCAAAGUUAUAUUCAUAUUUAUAGUGAAUUUAAACAUUUCGGUCAUUGUUUUAAGAUUCCCAGACGACGAUUAUUGAUUAUUAUUUUUUCGAUCGUAUGGCAUUUUCGUACCAGCCUAGGCGAAAUCCUGCAAUCAAAUGGGAUCAUACAGUAUUCGACUGACCGAAUUAGAUACAAACCAUAGCCACGCACUUUUGAUCUUAUCACCGCUCGUGCACUGACGUCACAAAUUGUACCGUUUGAUCUGCAGCCGACACAUUCCAAUAAAUGUGUUAACUUUCACAGGUUUUUGUUUGGAUUUCAGUUGAUGGGACUUAAAUAAGGCGAAAUAAAUAACCAUUGAUAAUUGCGGAUAAAUUAAUAUAACGAUAAAUUAAAUGUGUAUUGGAACCUGGCAGUAAGCCUGCAUGAAUUCGCAGAGCCCAAUCGAAAGAAGCUUGCAUGAUAUACGCAAAGCCUUAUCGUAAAAAGUAAGUUUUAAUCUGGACAUGGAUAUGGAUAAAUAACACCGCGAACAAAUAUUUUCAUUAAAAAGACAGCAAAACAUGUCUCCGGUGAUCAACCACGUGUUUUGACCGUAAACAUGCGUUUGCCAAUUUUAAGAUAUCGGACAGGGUUCGCCGCCAUCCGCCAUUUUGUUUUUCCGUCUCGGUAUUACAUAAUCAGAAAUGAAAGUACAUUCUCUGGGGACAUUGAAAGACAAACAACGAAAAUAAUAACGAUAUAUUUGAAGAAAUAUAUUUUUUUACCAAAGAAUUUUUUUUUUUUUACUUUUAUGUCUAAAAAAAGAUUAGGGUCGGCGAGGAAAAAAUAGGGUCGGUCGGGUUACCGGAAACACAGGUAUUUUUUUUUGGCCCUACCAUUAUUUUGACGAAGUAGAGUUAGAAGCACGUAUACAGAGUAACAGUAUUCUGAUCAGCAUCGUAUCAUGUUCCAAACCUUCGAAGGUUACAUAUAUAAUGUAUAAAAUCCUUAACCAUGUGAUAAUUGUCAUUUUUUGUAACUUGUAUAAUGUAUUGAAAAUUGGAGAAAAAUCAUUUUAUACAGUGUAAAGAUCUUUUGUAUACAGAUACAGUAGCAUGUGUACAAUUAUUAAAAUGUCAUUGAUUAUUAUACGUGGCGCUAUUCAUAUUGCACAUUCCAAAUGAUUAUGUUGUUAUGUACUAGAAUCUUUUUUGCAUUUUUUUGGUAUUAAAUUGACAACGUGAAUUUACUUGAAUAUUAAGUGUUUGCGUUUUUAUUUUCAUUGUUUAAGUAUUGGGUUAAAAUAAAUGUUAUACAGUGGAAAUUAAAAAGAAAAACAAAAUUAAAAUUGUUUCCUAAAUGAAUGUUUAUGUAACGCUUGAAAGGCAAGUCGUUAUAAAAGUCUUAUUAAAGUGACACUUUUAUUCAAAACCAAUACAUACACACGUAUAACAAAAAUACAUUUUGAGUGAUUAACUAUUAACUAAAUAAUGCAUUUAUGGAAUAUAUAUUUACUGAUAACAAUAUUGUAAGCGUGUUUUUAAUAGCUGAAAGCGCAACAAUAUUAAAUGAUUGGUGAAUGCUAAAAGAUUAACUGUGAUCUACUAUCGUCUCAUAAAGGUAAAAUACCGUGUUUUCUGCAUAUUUUUUUCAAAUAAGAUAUCCUUCUUAAGAACCAUUGUUUUUGACGUUUAUUCAUCCGUUUUUGGCAUAUUAAAACAAAAGUACUACUUGUGGUAAAUCUUAUUUGGGAGUAAGAGUGCAUCUUAAAAAUAUUUUACAAGGAUGUUGUUGUGAACACAAACGUCAUUAACGAAUAUACUCGUAUGUUUCGCGUUUUAUUCAAAAGUCGUACUAUUUCAGUUUAUACGUAAAUAGAGGAUCUGUAACGAGUCGUCAUAUAAUACAUAGAUAAUUUUAUUCAACGAGUUCAGGAAAUAUGCAAGUGAGCGGGCCUUUGGCGAGCUUACUUCGUCUUAGUUCCUAGACGAGUGUCAGAUACUUUUUAUCACACGCUUUUCCAGGAAACAUAGCAAAACCAACCAGCCUGUAUCACCUGCUCUAGUGAUUUGCCAAAUAUCACAAGGCAAUGACAUUUCCCGCGCUAUGCAUUACAGAAAUGUUGUACCCGGAAUAUUAUGAAAACACAGAUACAUCCGAUCGUUCUAUUUCUGUUCAUCCGCUUAUGAGACGUCAAAGUUUGGUUUGAUGGUCUGUCGCAUUUUUUUUCUUCCACGGCAUAACUUGUAAACUAUUGAAUGGAAUUUAUUUAAACUUCAUACGAUGUCAAAGCACAAUGAGAGGAAGUGAUUACAAGAACCAUAACUUCGAAGCAUAAUUUGAAAUUUGUUUCAGGUUUCGUUCCCUUCCCAAAAGUUGUUGGAAAGCCGUUUUUUGUUAUUGUUUUUUUCCAUUAGGUAAAUUAUUAUUGAGAUUUUCUCUGUUACCAAGGUCUAUGAAUUAUAUGCUUAGGAACACCAAAACAAUCAGUAUAACAUCACUGGUAUUGUUAAAAGCCCACAAACACUUCAUUUUCAACAUAAUCAAUAAUAAAAAAAUAUUUGUCAAGGCAAUAAAUAAGGUCUAGGAUUGGGGAAAAGAAAAAGGAUAGGUCGGGAAACCUGGAACAAACAUAAUAUUUUUAAACGCCUUAAUACAAAAUGAGAAAUUUUACUUGCUACAAAAUUGUCAAAUAAGCAAUACAAAAUCCAAUUAAUCUGUUACAAACAUGCGGAGUGAUAUAUGUUCUGACCAAUUGAAAUAGAGCAAUGCUAUUCAACACAUGGGUUAAACAGAAAAAUACGAGAUGGGCAUAUUAACCAGAAACCAGGUAUAGCAUGUGAUAAGAUCAUUUAAUUUUUUGGUCUCAUUAUUUAUUACUUUUAUUUUUACUUACAGUUAAUAUGAUUAUCUCAUUAUUAUCAUUAUUUAUUUUAUUUUAUUGUUUUUUAUUAUUAUCAUUAUUAUUAUAAUGGUUAUAGUAGUAGUAAUAAUAAUAAUAAUAAUAAUAAUAGUAAUAAUAAUAAUAAAUAAUAAUAAUAGUAACAAUUAUAAUUAUUAUUAAAUGUUACCGUUUUACUUGCUUCUUUAUUAUAAAUAAAUAUUCCAGAAGUGGCGAGUUCCAUUGAUCUUAACUUAUGCCCUAAAGUAUUCACGUAUACAUUAGUAUUUAUUUAGCUUUUGUGAAUAUAUUAAACUUAGUAUGUAGGAUCAUAUUCUAUAUAUCUGACAAUGAUGUAAGUUCUACCAACAUUCCUAUCUUCUAAUACUGUAUCUAGGUAUACAUCAUACUUGGAAGUCUCAGAGAAUAUGUCCAUCCUUUCAUUGUUCAUGUACUCUGUUGUUUAGAUAUUUGUCAUUUAAUUAUUUUGUCAAGUAUUGUAUGUGUUUAAACAUCUGUAUUUGUUUUAUGUAAUUGUUAAUAAAAUA